UAAAAUAGUGGAAUUAAUGGAAGACAAACUCUGAAGAAGACUCAAGUCAACUUGCUUGUCGGCAUGUCGCAAUACCACAAAAGAGUAGGAUAAUUCCUAAUUCUAACGAAAAAGUAGGAUUAAAAAAAAAGUAUUCACCAAUGAAAAACAUAAGCUUUGUAAUUAGAAGACCAAUGAAGACUGUCUCUGUUUUGGUCUUCUUCUUUCUCCUCCCUCUCGUGGCUGAAGCCAGGGACACGAACCAGAGAGGUUGCAAACGUUUCACCUGCGGAGAACUCGACUUCAAGUUCCCUUUCUUUAGGACAGACAUGCCGUCUAGAUGCGGUCUUUUCAAGAUGAACUGCAGUGCAACUAUUUCUGAUAUACAGCUUGUAAAAAAAGGGAAAUGGUAUAAAGUCAAGAGCGUCUCUCAAGGUAACACGAUAACCAUCACCGACACGGCGCUUAACCAAAGCUUGAUAACCGGAAACUGCAAUGACUUGUCACGAUUCUCACUUCCAGAUUCGCCAUGGCUCAAGUUGGCCACUUUGUACAAAUGCGACAACAGUAGUUCUAUGAAGAAUGGCUUCACUUUUGAGAAUUGCGGAGGAAAUGGAAGCAGGUUGUAUUACCCUAAUUUGGGAGAUGGUCAUGAUGUUUCACGGUGUUCAGCUAUAAAUACUCCACAGAGCUGGGUGAUUCCAAGAACAGGGAAGCAGUAUGAUGUAAAUGCUACCUUCUCUCUUCAUAUAGAACUGCCUCCAGUCUGCUUUAACUGCCACGAUCGAGGUGGAGAAUGUAAGAUGAAUAACAACAAGUUUCUCUGCGUUGGAGUAAAUAAAGAACAAAAAUUCCAAGCGGGGCUAAGGCCAAUACUAGGGGUUAGUAUAAUAUCGAGCGUGUUGAUCUUUGGAGGAGUAUUGCUAUGUAUAUCUAUUAAGAAGUAUAGAAAGACUAAUCGCAGAAAAGAUUUCUUCAAACGUAAUGGAGGUCUUUUGUUGCAGCAACAAUUGGCUUCAAGAGAAGGCUGCGUAGAGAAAACAAUAGUGUUCAGCUCCAAAGAAUUGGAAAAAGCUACAGAAAAGUUCAGUUUAAAUACGGUGCUUGGCCAAGGUGGGCAAGGAACAGUGUACAAAGGGAUACUUGCUGAUGGUAGAGUGGUGGCGGUGAAAAAAUCCAAGGCUGUGGACGAAGAUAAGCUCGAUGAGUUCAUAAACGAGAUUGUAAUACUCUCUCAGAUCAACCACCGCAACAUCGUGAGGAUAUUAGGAUGCUGUCUUGAAACAGAUGUACCCGUUCUGGUUUACGAGUUCAUUCCCAAUGGGAAUCUUUUCGAACUUCUUCAUAAUGAGCAUGAUGAUCCCACAUUGCCUACUUGGGAAGCACGUCUUCGCAUUGCCAUAGAUAUCGCAGGAGCUCUCUCAUACCUUCACUCUGCCGCAGCAUCUCCCAUUUAUCACAGAGACAUCAAAUCGACGAACAUUAUGUUGGACGAGGAUUUUCGAGCUAAAGUGUCAGAUUUUGGAACUUCAAGAUCAAUAACCAUUGAUCAAAGCCACCUAACAACAAUGGUUUCAGGUACUGUGGGCUAUGUAGAUCCUGAGUACUUCCAAUCCAGCCAGUUCACAGAGAAAAGCGACGUAUACAGUUUUGGAGUCGUGCUUGUAGAGCUCAUCACCGGAGAAAAGCCAGUUUCGUUCCAACGGUCAAAAGAAAAUAGAUCACUGGUAACCUACUUCAAUCUUUCCAUGAGAGAGAAUAGAAUUUCCGACAUUAUCGAUUCUCGAAUCAGAAACAACUGCAAGCUAGAGCAAGUCAUGAUGAUAGCAAAACUUGCAAAGACGUGUUUGAAUCUUAAAGGGAAGAAACGACCAAACAUGAGAGAAGUUUGGAUGCAAUUGGAGAGGAUUUGUUUGUCACAUGGAGAUGUUCGUACCAUGGGAAAUGAUGAUGAGGAUGGAGAAGCUGCAGAAUUUAAUACACACUUAGAAUCGGUGAACAUUGAUGUUACCACUUUAACUUCAACAUCUCAAUAUAACACUAAUGCUACUUCAUGGUCUGAUACUGAAGUGCUGUUUCCUCGUCAAACAUGGUGACUGCUUGACUAGACAACAACACUAUCCAACCGCCGAAUAUUAACUUUGGGAUUUGUAUAUUACUUAUU